AUUCAGAUAAGAGCUCUUAACCAUUCAGACUCUGUAUAAUACUUAACCAUUCAGAGGCAAAUCUCUUAACCAUUCAGACAUCUGAACCAUUAAGAGGCUGAAACAAACAGUCUGAACCAUUAAAUGCUGAAUCAUUCAGACAUCUGAACCAUUAAGAGGCUGAAACAAAUAGCCCCUAAGUCUGCUAGACGAUAUGUGCAUACAUUUUAAUCUAUAACCUCCCAUUUAGGAGAAUGAGACCCAUCCUGGGAACCUAUCCGUUACACAAUCACAAAGGAAGACGCUGCGAGAUGAAAUUAACGCUAUGCAACACCCGCUUCUUCCCUCAGUCAUAUUCUUCCCCGCCGCAGGCCCGGCUAACCGCGGGUUUUCAUCCCAAAGCAUUCAUCACUACUGGAGUCUCCGUCGCGCUCUCGAUGGGGCUUUUCAUUGCUCCGCCAUCUGUCCCCUCCGAAUUUCCCUUAAAUCAAUCGCCCGCCGUUUCUCUGAUACCGAGGAAUGACAAGGACCAGCUAGGUUGCCGCCGAGACGAGUUGGAGUUGAAUACGGAUGCGGCGGAAUCUGAACCGGUAACGGAUGCUGGAAUUGUGGCGGAGGCGUGGCAGAUUGUCAAUGAUAAGUUUUUCAGCACUGGCCGUGGCUCUUGGUCUCCCGAAUCAUGGCUUACUAAGAAAGAUGACAUCUUGAGUACACCAAUUCAGUCAAGAUCAAGAGCUCAUGACAUUAUAAGGCGGAUGUUGACCAGCUUGGGUGAUCCCUACACACGUUUUCUUUCUCCUGCAGAGUUUGCCAAGUUGGCAAGAUAUGAUAUGACUGGGAUUGGAAUAAAUCUCAGGGAGGUUCUAGAUGACAAUCAAGGUCUGAAACUUAAAGUCAUAGGGCUCCUCUUGCAUGGACCUGCCCAUGGUGCUGGUGUAAGGCAGGGAGAUGAAUUACUGUCAGUUAAUGGUAUAGAUGUUACGGGAAAAUCUGCUUUUGAAGCAUCAUCGCUAAUACAUGGUUCAAGUGGAACAUUGGUGAACAUCAUGGUCAAACAUGGCAGAUGUGGACCGGUGCAAUCAAUUGAUAUUGAAAGACAGUCUAUUGCAAGGACUCCAGUUUAUUAUCGGAUGGAGCAGAUUGGAAAUAGUUCUAGUUUUGUUGGCUACGUGCGCCUUAAAGAAUUCAAUGCAUUGGCUAGAAAGGAUUUAGUAACAGCAAUGAAGCGACUCCAUGACAUGGGUGCCUCAUCUUUUGUUCUUGAUCUUAGAGAUAAUCUUGGCGGAUCAGUACAGGCUGGUGUUGAAAUUGCCAAACUUUUUCUACAUGAAGGGGAGUUGGUAACUUAUACUGUUGGAAGGGAUCCACAAUACACGCAGAGUAUUGUUGCAGAAUCUCCACCUCUAAUUACUACCCCUGUUAUUAUUCUGGUGAAUAAAAAUACAGCAAGCGCGAGUGAAAUUGUUGUCACUGCACUUCAUGAUAACUGCAGAGCUGUCCUUGUGGGGGAGCGGACCUAUGGAAAGGGCUUGAUUCAACAUGUAUUUGAGCUUCAAGACGGGUCAGGUGUUGCUGUUACAAUUGGGAAGUAUGUUACACCAAAUCAUAUGGACAUAAAUGACAAUGGCAUCGAACCUGAUUUCAGGAACCUCCCUGCUUGGAAUGAAGUCACCAAACACCUGUCUGGAUGUCACAAACCAAAUUGAGGAUAAAGCAAAGGUAAGGGUCGUCAAAGCACGGACAGUUCAUCUCAUUCUCCAUUGACAACAGUUUAGCAUUGACAUAAAUACACUGAUACAUG